ACCAAAGACUCCGAAGAGGGUGGCGCCAAGUUCCCCUGACACACACACACACCAGUUGACACUCGAGGGGAAGGAGGGGAGGAGGGGAAGGCCCUUAGGGCCCAGGCUAUCUGGGCCAUAGAUUGGAAGCUUGUGUGUGAAGAAAAGUGGCUGGAGUCUGCUUGAUACUUCAAGUGACGAAGGAGGGAAAGGCUACUCAAACAACAAUGGACUCGCUUUCGUGCCAUUUCUUGAGCCCCUGGAAGCAGCUUUUGGGCCUUUCAAGAAGCGCCGACUCUCGGGACUUAGAUCACAGUCGGCGUGCUCUUUUUGUAUCUUCACGCACACCACUCUUUCUUUCAAAAAUUCCAAGGCUGCCACGAUUCGCAAAGGAGCAAACGGAGAGCUUUCGCCAACUCUCAACUUCCAUCGCCCGUGCCACCCCUACUGCCACCAGUCUAGAUUCCAGCGCACCAUCAACUGCAGUCCAGACAGAGAGGAGUGUAGAAUUCAGUGCAGCUGAAGUGAAGCGCUUGCUACUGGAGCUGAGAAAUGGUACUGGGGGUCAGGCAGAGAUAGCGCUGCCAGUUUCACUGAGCAAGAAAGACCGACUGGUGGCGCAUGAGUGGGCGGAGAAACUCGGGUUGGGCCACGAGAGCCAGGGGACGGGAAAGGAGCGGCGGAUGACCGCCACCAGACUUGGGGCGAAGGAGCGCCUUGAGAAGUACAAAGAGCUGGUCGACCUGGAAGAAGAAGCGUCGUCCGCAUCUGCCCCCCCCGGCGCCUCUUGGCGCCAGCUCGAGUCUCAAGGCCUUUUGCUGCGGGGAGCGGUUCUGCUUGAACGAGACGCGGCAGCUUUCGGGAAGGAGCGGUGGAUCAUCGGCGAAAACGCUGACGUCAGCAAGAAGGGCCACGUGGCAAAGUUCGGGCAGCGCGCGCGCCCGGGCGCGGCGGUGCGGCUGGCGAUCAGGAAAGAGGAUGGGGCGGGGGGGUGGGCUGUGGCAGAGAAUGAGCCCCCCGGGCGCGUGGCAUGGUGUCGCUCCGGUCGAAUGAGCAUCGUCUUCGACCGUCCCCCGGGCCAGGACGAGGAGAAUGACGCGGAACGGCCGGCAACCAAGUCGGGCGGGCUCGACUUUUUACUGGUCCCUGACAGGGCCACCUUCGACAGAAUGCGCUCAGUCAUUAAUGAGUGCCUUCGAGCCGAGGGGCCUAUGGCGCGCUUCUUGGAGUCGCUUCUGGGCGCGACGCUCGAGACCGCUACCGAAUUCCCCGACACUCUCGCGGCCCGGCAAGAGUCCAACAGUUCCGCCAGCACCAGCGGCCCGAGUGAGUCGACCGGAAACGGAAACGGAAACGGAAAACAAAGGGAUCAGCGGAGCCAGGGUUCUGCGGUAUUUCAGGAGGAAAGCUUCAAAAGUCUGGACACCGGGUUGAACGAGGAGCAGAGGCGGGCAGUGCGGCUGUGUGUGAACGGGCUUGGGGACGGCGGGGGAUCCCCCGUGGCGCUGCUGCACGGGCCGUUUGGAACCGGCAAGACGCGGACGCUCGUCGAGGUUAUCCGACAGAGGGUUGGGGCGGGGCAAAGAGUUCUGGUUGCCGCUGCGUCCAAUGCCGCCGUUGACAAUGUGGCAACUGCGCUGCUGGCUGCGGAGCCAAAAUCAAAGGUGGCUCGUGCGGGGGUGCCAGAGCGCGUUAGCCCCGCGUUGGCGGCUCAUACUUUGGAGGCGCUCCAAGAGCAGCGCCCUGAAUCCGUUAUGGCGGCCCGCCUCCGACGAGACGCCUUUGCGGCCGUCGCAGCUUCUCACAAGUGGGUGCGAGCUGCAGACGGCGGGCAGAGGCGGCGGGAGGCGCGCAAGGAGGCGGCCGUGCUGUUCAAGGACGCGCGAAAACUAGAGCGGCAGGCCGUCACGGGCGUGCUGCGGAGCGUCAAGGUCUUGUGCGGAACCCUAACCGGGUUCUCGGGGUCGCUUCAGGAAGUGAACGACGACGAUCUGCGUCGCUUCGACUGCGCGAUCGUUGACGAGGCGAGCCAGGCUGUGACCCCCGCGCUCCUGCUCGCGCUGCCCUUCCUCAAGUACCCCCCCGGGGCGGACCUCGGUGUGAAUGGGCCCGUGCUGGUGCUCGCGGGGGACCAUCGCCAGCUGCCGCCCACAGUCAUCGCAGAGGGCGCGAGCGAAAAGGGCGGCGGUCUGAGCGCCACUCUGUUUGAGGAACUGAUGGAGCGGGACGGCGGGGGGCUCGGCUCGAGUUUUGACCGAUUCAGCGGUGACGAGGAAAAGACGCGGCUGCUGGAAACCGCCCGGGGAGCGCUGCUGGCGAAGGAAGAGACGGAGCACGAGCGGGAAGAUUGUCCAGGCCGCUACUCCGCCGCGCUCCGCACGCAGUACCGCAUGCCGAGCGCCUUGAUGGCCUUCCCGUCGGCGGCGUUCUACGGCGGCGGGCUGCGGGCCGGAGCGCCAACGGAAGAAACGGAACCUCUUAACGGAAGCAGCGAGGUUUUGGCGACCCUUCGGGACGGCUGCUGGCUCGAAGUCAUCGACACAGCCGGGGCCGGCUUCGACGAGGAGAAGGGAGAGGAGAGCGCCCGGGGGGAAGCCACUGCUUCCGACUUUUCGACGUCGAACCCCGGGCAGGCGGAGCUGACCGCCCGCGUCGUCCGAGAACUGGUCGGGAUCGGGGGAUCCCUGGGCGCUGCUGACGUGGGCGUGGUGACCCCGUACGCGGCCCAAGUUGCGCUGCUGCGGGAGCUUUUGGCGGGCGAGGUGGCCGCGGGCGUGGAGGUGGACUCCGUGGACGGCUUCCAGGGCCGCGAAAAAGCCGUCAUCGUUUUCGACUGUGUCCGGAGCAACGACUCCGGCUCCGUCGGGUUUCUGGCGGAUCAACGGCGCCUUAACGUGGCCAUCACCCGGGCGCGUCGGAAAUUGAUCAUUAUCGGUGACUCAGCCACGCUGGGAGCCGACCCCAUUUGGGCCGCCCUCUUUGAUUGGGCGGGGGAAUUAGAGAAUCCGUUGGGGCACCUGGCGUACCGGUCGGUGUUUGAGCUACCGCCCAUAGAUGCUUGGUAACCGCGUGACCUCGACAACAAGACUUUGAGUUUGUGAAACUUGCAGCAGAAGUCCCUUCGAUGUGGGUAUCUUUGGACGUCAACAGAGGAGCCCCUAUCAGGCUACUACACGACUUCCCCAACUAUUAGCAGCUUACUAGUUGUCCAAUAACGUGGAUGUCGAACCCAUUGGAUUGUGAUUUGUGCAUCAUGUAAGUACGGUUGCGACUAUCGGGAC